AUGUUGGAUCUCUGUGUCACCAUCAAAGGGGUGUCCUUCCUGUUGCAAACAGGGUUAGGGUUCCUGGGGAACACCCUGGUGCUGCUGGCCUACACCCAGGUCGUCUGCUCUGAGUGCCGACUCCCGCCUGUGGACAUAAUUCUCUGCCACCUAGCCUUCGUUGACCUGAUUCUGCUCCUCACCCGCUGCGCCCCCCAGACCAUGACUGUGUUUGGCCUGCGUGACCUGCUGAAUGACCCGGGCUGCAAGGUGGUCAUUUACACCUAUCGCAUCGCCCGGGCUCUGUCAGUGUGCAUCACCUGUAUGCUCAGUGUGUUCCAGGCAGUGACCAUCGCCCCUGCAGGUGGACCCUGUUUGUCCAGGCUUAAGGCCCGGCUUCCCAGGCUCAUCGUGCCCACCAUCGCAGGGCUGUGGCUCUUCAACAUGGCUGUAUGCUUCGCAGCUCCAUUGUUCUCGAUUGCCCCUCGCAACGGCACAGUGCCUGCCUUCACCCUCAACCUGGGCUUCUGCCAUGUGGAUUUCAGGGACAGGCUGUCCUACAAGAUCAAUGGAGUGAUUGUCUCUAUACGGGACUUUGUCUUUGUGGGGCUCAUGUUGUGGUCCAGUGGCUACAUCCUUCUCCUCCUCCACCGUCACAGCCACCAGGUGAGAAGCAUCCGACGAUCAUCCCAGGGUGGAGGAGCUGAGACUAGGGCAGCCAAUACAGUGAUCACCCUGGUGGUGUUGUAUGUUGUAUUCUUCGGCAUAGACAAUAUCAUCUGGAUUUACAUGCUGACGGUAGAUAAUGUGUCUCCAGUGGUAGCUGACAUGAAGAUCUUCUUCUCCUCCUGUUAUGCCUGUCUCAGCCCCUUUUUCAUCAUCAGCUCCAAUAAGAGGGUCAAGAGUAAGUUGGUGUGUGUGGCAGCUGACCAAGAGCCGCCAUCAGUCGACACCCAGGACUCCAAUGACAAGAUGUAA